CUAUCCCUUCUUUCUUUCUUUCUUUCUUUUAAGUUUAAACUCCCUUCUAUAUAUAACCACUUCCCCCACACUCUUUCUCUCCAAACUCCCUCAACUUCCCUUACAUUCUUAUAUUCUCCAUUCCAUUAUUAUUCCCCUCUUCAUUCUCCAUAAUCAACAAAAAAAAUAAAAUGAAGAAACUCAUUCGACGUUUAUCGCGUGUUGCUGAUUCCUCCUCUAACUAUAACUACUCCUUGCUCCGUUCCGAGUCCCGCUCCUCCUCUCGCCCUCGUCGGCUCCAAUCAUUCCGUACCGGAAAACUCAGAUCCGGCGCCGGAGUUCCUGAAGGACAUCUCCCUGUUUACGUCGGAGAUGAGAUGGAGAGGUUUAUCGUCAGUGCUGAGCUGCUCAACCAUCCGAUCUUCGUUGAGCUACUUAAUAAGUCUGCUCAGGAGUACGGUUACGAACAAACAGGUGUUCUUCGUAUCCCUUGUCAUGUUCUCAUCUUUGAAAGAGUACUUGAAGCUCUAAGGCUCGGCGAUGACCUACAGGAUCUUUUCAGUUCUAUCUCCGAUGACUUGCUUUAGCGCUUUCUGUUGGUACGGAACAGUGGUGUUAGCGGUUAGGUAGAGCAGAUCUCGAGGAUAGUAUUAUUAGUUACGAGAUCGUUUUUUCUCCUCUUUUUUUUCCCCCUUUCUGAGUCUUUGUAAAUAUUGUGUAAUGGAAAAGGUGGAGGACCAUUCAGGAGAGAAGUAGUACAUUUACAUUUUUUAACAUUUCAA